UCGCUAAUCAAGACAUCCGCGCGGAGCACUAAGUAAAUGGCGAGCUAGACCACUCAGUUACUGAACAACCAUGACAAACACUCACCAGCCCAUCCUCAUAGAGCCCCAAUUAGCACAUCGAGCGAUAUUAAAGUCCAGGAGUCACAGUAGGUGUUGCCUCUCCCGUUACGUAACGGGUCCCCUGACAAGCCGUUGGGGACGACAACGCUAGCGAUCAUAUAUUUCCCAUCUAGCCCACAGUCCGGGGUUCCUAACCGCCAGACCAGCGUAACACAAACCGGUAUGCGCCCGCGACACUCACUACAUCCAUGGACGAGCAGGAAGAAUUGCUCUCCCUCGAUCUCGAAGACGACGACUACCUCUACCGCAUCCGGCGCGGCCACCGCAUCGUCUAUGUCUCAGUGCUCCACGCUGACAUUGUCCCUCCAGAGCACCGCACAGAGGGGUCUAGGAUCCUGUCUCACCUGAGGCUACUCCCUGGAUGGGACGGGGAAUGGCGCACGCUUACGGCUCGAAAGAGAGGUGGAGGUGUGGAGUGCACCGUUAAUGAGUCUGAGGCGCAUAAGCUGGAUGGUGGCGCCGUCUCCGCCUGCGCUGGCCCCGCAUACAAUAUCCUGGAGCAUGAGCGAUGUGGGCGGAUCAUCGUGAGCAUGGCGAGGGUGCUUGUGGGCGGGACGGUGUGCGUGGUUAAGAUUGCAAGAUUCAGGCAUGAGCUUGAGGCUCUGCAGAGGGAAGUUCGAGUAUACGGUGCUUUGAGGGAUCGUAAGUUUGGUCUUUGCCUUGGAUUCAUUGGGUAUGUUUAUGAAGAAGAGAAGAGCCGGGUUGUGGGCUUUCUGAUGGAAGAGCUGUAUGGACGGCAUCCUGAUAUUGGGGACCUGGGCGCUUGUGAGGAUACGGUCGAGCAACUGCAUGGGGUAGGCGUUGUUCAUGGCGAUCUGAAUAAAUACAAUAUCAUCAUCUCGGGGAAUGAAGCAAAGUUGAUUGAUUUUGAAGUAUCAACGUUUCUGGAAGGCGGACAUCACGAAAAGGCAAAAGACGAAUUGCGGCAACUGGCCCACCAGUUAUUGGACACGUCAGAAGUAGGAUUGAGAUAGAUACAGUAAUUUAGCCC